AUGACAUAUACUUUUUUCGUUGAUAUGACCUGUGGUGGUUGCUCAAAAGCUGUAAAUGCUAUCUUAUCAAAACUUGAUGGUGUUUCAAACAUUCAAAUCGACCUUGAAAACAAAAAAGUUAGCUGUGAUAGUUCAAAACUCAAUGCUGAAGAACUUUUAACAAAUAUUAAAAAAACUGGCAAGAAAUGUGAAAUCAUUGCUUAA